AUGGGAACACCAUCAGAGUUGGGGCAAUGGCCCCUUCUUGUUUAUGUUUCUGCCUUUUGCUUGAUAGCCACUAGUGUAGCAGCUGAUUAUAAGCCUCACAAUUAUGAUUCAUCAUCUUUUUCAUAUCGUUAUAAGUCACGAUCGCCUCCACCACCUUCUCCACGACGUUAUUACUAUUAUAAAUUGCCUCCGCCACCUCCACCGCGACGUCAUUACUAUUAUAAAUCUCCUCCGCCUCCUCCACCGCGACGUCAUCACUAUUAUAAAUCACCUCCGCCGCCUUCUCCGCAACGUCAUUCCUAUUAUAAAUCGCCUCCACCUCCAUCACCAACACCACCUCCUCCACAUUAUUACAAAUCUCCACCGCCACAUUAUAACCGUAAUCCACCACCACCAAUCAUAUCUCCUCCUCCAAUAUAUCAUUACAAAUCUCCACCACCGCCUUCUCCAUCUCCACCGCCACCUUAUUACCAUAAUCCACCACCACCACCACCAAUCCAUUCUCCUAUUCCACCACAACCACUUCCUUCUCCAUUUUCAUCACCACCUCCAUCUCAAUCUCCAUUUCUGUUGCCACCACCACCAUUGACUACAUCUAUCGAUGAACCAUCUCCAUCUCCAUCGAUGUUAGAAGCAUCGACUACACCUAUUGCUGAACCAUUUCCAUCUCCAUCGCCGCCAUCACUAUUGACUACACCUAUUGCUGAACCAUUUCCAUCUCCAUCGCCGCCAUCACUAUUGACUACACCUAUUGCAGAACCAUCUCCAUCUCCAUCAACUCUAGCAUCAUCGACUACACCUAUCGCUGAACCACUUCCUUCUCCAUUGCCUUCACCACCAUCAAUUACACCUAUCGCUGAACCAUUACCAUCUCCAUCCCCUCCACCACCAUCGAUUACACGUAUUGUUGAACCAUCCCCAUCUCCAUUAGUGUCGUUGUCACCAUCGACUACACCUAUCGCUGAACCAUUUCCAUCACCGCCCCUACCAUUGAUUACAAUUAUCGCUGAACCAUUUUCAUCUUCAUCGCCUCCACCGUCAUUGAUUACACCAAUUCUUGAACCAUUUCCAUCUCCAUUGCCACCUCCGUCUCCAUUUUUGUCCCCACCUAUAUCUCUGUCUCCAUCUCCACCACCUCCAAUAAAUACCCCCCUUCCUCCACCAAUAUCUCCACCCCCACCAUGCUAUAAUAAAUCUCCUCCCCUACCAUCUUUAUUCCCUUUUCCACUAUCAUUUCCCUUCAAUCGACCUCCACCUCCGCCAUCUAAUUGUAAGUCUCCUCCACCACCUCUAAUAUACUCCCCUCCUCCUCCAUUGCCAUCUCCACCCCCACCAUGCUAUAAUAAAUCUCCUCCCCCACCAUCUUUAUUCCCUCUUCCACUACCAUUUCUCUUCAAUCGACCUCCACCUCCGUCAUCUAAUUGUAAGUCUCCUCCACCACCUCUAAUAAACUCCCCGCCUCCUCCAUCGUCAUCUCCACCUCCACCACCUCUAGUUCCAUCUCCUCUAUCUCCAUCUUCGCCUCCUGCAUCUCCGAUUAAGUCCCCGCCUUCUCCAUUAAAAUCUCCACCACCACCUCCGAUUAAGUCCCCGCCUCUUCCAUUAAAAUCUCCACCGCCAUCUCCGAUUAAGUCCCCGCCUCCUCCAUUAAAAUCUCCACCGCCACCUCCGAUUAAACCUCCAGAUAAGUCCCCGCCUCCUUCAUUAAAAUCUCCACCUCCACCUCUAGUUAAGUCCCCGCCUCCUCCAUUAAAAUCUCCACCUACACCUCCAGUUAAGUCCCCGCCUCCUCCAUUAAAAUCUCCACCUCCACCUCCAGUUAAGUCCCCACCUCCUCCAUUAAAAUCUCCACCGCCACCUCCAAUUAAGUCCCCACCUCCUCCAUUAAAAUCUCCACCACCACCUCCACUUACAUCCCCGCCGCCUCCAUUUAAAUCUCCACCACCACCUCCUCCAUUAAAAUCUCCACCACCACCUUCAGUUAAAUCCCCGUCUCCUCCAUUAAAAUCUCCACCACCACCUUCUCCACCUCCACCAUCUCCGAUUAAGUUCCCGCCUCCUCCACUAAAAUCUCCACCACCACCUCCAGUUAAGUCUCCGCCUCCUCCAUUAAAAUCUCUACCACCAUUUUUUCCAUCUCCCCCAUCUCCGAUAAAGUCUCCGCUAUCUCCAUUUUCAAUAAUUAUUCCACCAUUUCCACGGUUACCUCCUCUCCUGCUUUCGCCAUUGCCACGACUACCUUCAUUCUCACUCCCCCUUCCUCCAUUCAAAUUUCGUCCAUUUCCCUUUCAUCAAGCACCCUAG